GUCAGCUCCGGCUGGUGAACGGCUCCAGCAAGUGCUCCGGACGGGUGGAGGUUUGGUACCGCAAUGAGUGGGGAACGGUGUGCGAUGACAGCUGGGACAUGAGAGAUGCCUCUGUGGUGUGUAGGCAGCUCGGCUGCGGGGAGGCAGUGUCAGCCCCAAGCAAUGCUUAUUUCGGGAGUGGAUCUGGGAAUAUCUGGCUGGAUGACGUUAACUGCAACGGGGACGAGACGCUCCUCAGGGAGUGCUCGUCGCGGGCUUGGGGAGAGCACAACUGCAGGCACAGCGAGGACGCCGGCGUUGUGUGCUCAGGUUGGCCCAAGGACUGCAGCGAGAUCCCCGCUGGCAGCCCCAGCGGCGUCUACGUCAUCCAGCCCACGGGACUGCACCCCAUCGUGGUGUACUGCGAAAUGAACGUGACGGACGGGGGCUGGACGGUCAUCCAGAGGAACCAGCAGAGCACGGAGAUCACCUGGGCCGAGUCCUGGAGCACCUACAAGUACGGCUUUGGGAAUGUGCACACCGAGUACUGGCUGGGCACCGAGUACAUCCAUCAGAUCUCCAACCAGAAGGUCGACCAGGUCAGGUUUGUCAUCUGUGAUGCCGCAAACAACACCAAGUUUGCAGACUACAACAUCUUCAACGUGGAAGAUGAGUCCCAGGGCUACCGGCUGAGGCUGGGAGCGUACUCAGGGACAGCAGAGGAUGCCAUGGCCUCAAAGAGUCCCAGCACCACGCAUGACAACAUGAAGUUCUCCGCGAAAGAUCUGGAUCAGGACACUUCCAGCGGGAACUGUGCCUCCAGCAACGGGGGCGGGUGGUGGUACUCGGGGUGCUAUUCUGUACGGCUGAACGUCAAGGGGGCCAUAACGUGGGGCAGCCUGUGCAACGGGAACUGCAAAGCUUCUGCCAUCCUCAUCAAACCCAUUACCUACUGCUAG